GUCGUCGAGAGAGGGCAUCCGCAACGCGGUUGCUUUUGUCGGGGGUAUGGCAAAUGGUGAAUGUGAACUGGGCAAGGAAGUCUAGCCAGCGGGCUUGGCGUGGAGUGAAUAUCUUUCUUGGAGAGGAUGGAGGAGACAAUGGUGUUGUCAGUGCGGAUGGUGAAGUAUUGCCUGUCGAGGUACGGGCACCAGACUGUGAGGGCGUGAAUCACGAUGAGGAGUUCCUUCGCGUUGGAGGGGUAAUUCAUCUCCGCGGGAAGGAGCUUCUUGCUUGCAAAGGCGAUGGGGUAUUCGUCGGGUGGAGCCUCAGGGUGAGUGGGCGAGGGGGUCUCGGCGGUGUCGCGGGGGAAAUGUUGGAACAGUACGGCUCCAAUGGCGAAGUCGGAGGGGUCAGUGGUGACAUAGAAAUGGCGACUGGGGUCGGCGAUCUUGAGGAYAGGGGCCGUGGUGAUGGUUUGCUUGAGCAUUACGAGGAGUUCAUAGUGCCCAAACCGAGAGCGGAAUGCGGUCUUAUGGGUGUCCUCCUCGCGGAUACGGAUGUGGUGGAAGCCACUGCGAAGGUCAAUCUUGGUGAAAUAUUUGGCUCCACGAAGUCGAUCAAGAGCUCGGAGAUCCGAGAGAGUUUGUCGGGGGAGAGUGAUGUGGUGUCUAGUGGAUCGGAGAGGGUGUCAAGGUCGAGGGAGGUGAACUCGUCCGAGAAGGUGGUGGAGGUGGUGUCCUCGGAGGCGAUGUUGUGGAAGAAGCGAGGGCGGGGAGGGGCCGAUUUGGGGAUGAUUGAGGUAAUAGUGGAGGUGGAUAAGAGCGGUUUUGAUUGGGGGGGAACGGUUGAUGAGUGUGUGCCAGCAGGGGUUGUCGACUUGGGCGAGGUGGGAGAUGGAGCGACCAUGGUGGAAGUAGUGGUGGAUGAGGGUGGGGGUGUACAGGUGAACGGUGUUGGUGUGGAGGUUGAAGUCGUGGUGACGACCGUGAUAGCGGGGGAGUUUCCCUCGAGCGUGGUGACACGAUUGGAGAUGGCGGCCAUGGUGGUGUUGAUGAUGGCAAGGGAGGAUUUGAGGGUGGUCAACGUUUGGAGGAUAGUUACAAGUUCCCGGGAGGUGGUGGUCGAAGUUGGCUGAUCGCCUGCGAGUUCGCGGGCAAUGCUGUUGACGGAGUCGGAACGAAGAUCAGACAUGUUGACGGAAGAUUGGGCCAUGGUGGGGGAAGAGGGGGUGGAUGAUGUGGCCGGAGCGGAAAGGAAGCGGUAGCAGCGGAUGUGAUAGCGGCAGCGGUGGCGGUGGCAGCGGCAACGGUGGUGGUGGCAGCGGCAGCGGCGUCAGGGGGGCGCGUUGGGAGGUCUUGGUUUGGCGUGGUGUCAUGUGGAGUUGGGGGGGACAAUUCCUAUUUACAAGAAUAGAGCGUCAUCAAGUGAUUUAGCAAUGAAGGUAGCAGAGAAUCGCAGAGCAAGAAUUCAUUUUGAAUAAAUUUUACAAGAAUAG